AUGCCUUCAUCCAACUUCUCACCAAGCUCGAUUCCCGAUCUGUCAGGGCGAGUGUAUAUCGUUACCGGAGGCAACGCCGGCUGUGGUUAUGAAACCGUUAUCGGUUUGGCAGCUCGCGGAGCCAAAGUUUAUAUGGGUGCGCGCAGCAAAGACAAGGCCAAUGCCGCCAUUAAAGAAAUUCAAGAAAAGCACCCAUCUGCCAACAUUCACUUUCUCGAUCUCGACUUGACCAAAUUUUCCAGCGUCGUCGCUGCUGCCAAAAGAAUUCGAGAUGAAGAAACAGCAUUGCAUGGACUCGUUAAUAAUGCUGGCAUUAUGGGUGUGCCUUAUUCCGUAACAGUAGAUGGUUAUGAGAUCCAAUUGCAGACCAAUUACUUAUCACAUUGGCUCUUGACCUAUCAUCUUCUUCCUCUUCUUCAAUCUAGUGCUCGAUCAAACCCCGAAGGAACUGUCCGAUUGGUUAAUUUGACAUCGGAUGGGCACAGUUUUACACCCUCAGACGGAAUCCGUUUCGAAGACAUUGGCCUAGAAAAAGAAGGUGCUAUGACAAGAUAUGGGCAGAGCAAACUAGCAAAUAUCUUACACACGACGCAGCUGAAUAAGAGAUACGGUCCCGAUUCUAACGAGUCUCAAAUCGGGGCAGUUUGGUUUGCUGCCGUGCACCCUGGCCACAUCAACACUGAUCUGACUAAACAAGCCACUGGAGCUGCGCCAGGGUUCGUCCUUCGUGCUGCUGUACCAGUCAUGCGAUGUCUCGGAGUUCUGGAGCCACAAGAGAAGGGAGCCUGGUCUUCGCUUUUCUCCAUUGCUAGUAACGACUUCAAGAAGGCGAACUCGGGCGCUUAUAUCGUGCCAUAUGCGAAAAUUGGAACGCCGAGCAAGCAUGCACAGGAUGAAAGCCUGGCAGAGAAGCUGUGGGAGUGGACUGAGACGGAGCUUCGUGGCAAGGGCUUGCUAGAAUAG